AUGGCUUCGCGUCCACCCCAGCUUCAGAAUGGGCAUCCCUCAAGACGCGAAAAUCAUUCAAUUUCAUCCAAUACCUCAGCAUCAGGCCGAAGCGAGCGAGGGUCACGGAACCCAUCGAAUCCUCCAGUAGAGUCAGCAGUGACCCGACUUUUGGUAUCUAUCAAACAACUAUUGGAAGCCCUUACGCUUUGGAGUCAAAUAAAGAUGGACGAGACCCAAGUGAGCGACGUAUACGUCCGCUUGGGGAACGAUUUCAAUGCAGCCGUCACAGCUUUUGCAGGGUUUGAUAUUGAUAUGGCAGAGCUCAUGUCUGUCCCUAACGAUUUACGCAAUGUAUUGGAGCAAUGUCUAGCGGAGGAUGCCACCUCAAACCUUGAAAUUUAUUUGCCGACCGUCCGAGAGAUCAUCACGAAUUUGUUGCAAGGCCUACGGGGCAAGCAAUCUAUCUAUCGCAGAAUUAGGUCGGAUCAACGACACCGUUCAGGAGAGCAAGGCCACGAGAGAGCGGAAAGUCGAUCUUCACGUUCAGAGAGAACACCCCGCCGUGGAGACGGUACUGCCCAUCGCUCCCAACUUUCAAGAACAAUAGAUGCAUCAGAGGCCCCAGAAGCAGCUGGGAGUGUUUCGAAAAGAGUUGUGCAAACCUCAGCCCGGAGAAGAGAUCAGAAUUCUGAGUCUGUUUCUCGAGAAGAGAAUCUCGCGCAUAAGCACACCAUUGUGCCCGACGGUUAUAAUAUCGGACGCGAUGAAUUCGUGCAAGCAGCUAAAAGCUCGAAGAGCUACACCACGACCAUUCAGAUAAUGUAA